GGUUUCUCGUGUUGAAUUUCACACGGCUGUACCUCAUGUAUUGAAAUAUUUGAGAAUUAUCAGAAAGUAUACGGUAACUUAAAAUCCAGCUUUCAUGACCUGAGACCUUUGGUCAUAUUGUUAUCGUGUUGUCAAGACUAGUAGUACUAAUAAGAAACCAUAUUAGCUCACUCCCAACUAAAAGCAGCAACAAAAUAUUCAGGACACGUGUUUCCUCAUGUUGAAUUUCACACGGCUGUACCUUAUGUAUUGAAAAACUUGAGAAUUAUCAAUGGAUCAGAAAGUAUACGGUAACUUCAAAUCUAGCUUUCAUGACCUGCGACCCUUCGCCAUAUUGUAAGAGUGUCACGAUAGUGUCAAGCCAGUGUGAACCUUCCGUGUCUCACAGAAACCACAUCAACAUGGAUGAAGCGAACACUCAACAGGGGACCUUCAGUGUAUCUGGGACGACGCUAGACAUGGAUUUCAGAGGACAGCACACCGUUACAGUAACAGAUCGAAGUGGCCACAGUUUGAACUUUCAACUUUUCCAAGGGGUACAUUACACACCUAUGUUUAAAGUCGAUCAACUUCAACAAAUCAGAGGAUUCAACAUGAGGCUAGAUGACAUAUACUUCUCUGGAUAUCCUCGUACAGGGACAAACUGGACAUUCGAAAUGACAAGCAUGCUUCUUAAUGGUAAAGCUGAAACCAUCCAAAGAGCCAAGGAUCUCAUGGAAUUAACUCCUCAUGACGAAUUAGCCCAGCUGCCAUCACCACGCAUCGUCAACUCUCACAUGAAGCUCUCCGACUCUCCAGAUGAUGUGGCAGCACUGAAGUGCAAAGUCAUCUACACCUUGCGAGACCCAAAGGAUGUUGCUGUCUCUCUGUACAAACUCUGUUAUAACAAACCCGUGUCCUUUGGAAGAUAUAUGGGAUCGUUUGAGGAUUAUCUUUAUCUCUUCUUGGAUGGAACAGUUGACAGCAAUGGCAUAUUUGAACACUUGAGAGACGCCGAGAAAUAUUUCAGUCACCAUCCCGAAAUCCCAGUUCACGUGCAAAGUUACGAAGAAGCCAUCAAGGAUCCUGUACGUGCUGUUCAAACUCUGUCCGACUUCCUUGGGCUGACCAGAGAUGACGAUCUGUGCCGAGCCAUUGCAGACAAGUGUAACUUUUCGAGAAUGAAAAUCGACAAGGAAGCCUUCGCAAUAAAACUGGAUGGUGACAACUUUCUGUACAGAAAAGGAACCGUUGGUGACUGGAAGAACUGGUUCAACGACCAGAUGUUGGAGGACUACUACAGAGUGUACGACGAAAAGAUGGCGGGGUCCAGAUUCUAUGAUACGUAUGCCAGGAGUAAAUACUAGAAUCGUUGGUGACUGGAAGAACUGGUUCAACGACGAGAUGUAUGAGGACUACUACAGAGUGUACGACGAAAAGAUGGCGGGAUCCAGUUUCUAUGAUACUUAUGCCAGGAGUAAAUACUAGUAUAGCCAUACGAAAAUGUUUCUAAUGGUCAAUAUAUACACAAAUCGGAGAUGCAUUAAUUACCGAUAUAGCACAAAGCCUAACUUGAAUCACUACUCUGAAUGGACAUAUACUUUACGGUGUUAUAUUUCUUUUUGAACUUCAUAAUGUAAAAAACGUCUCGUCAGAUUAAACCAUUUACAGACUGAAUAAAUAAAGCUAGAGUAUUGAAUUAACACUGCAUAUUACAACACAGCUAUUUUAUAACCUAGAGUUAAUUUUAAGGAAUGUUGAUUAUAAAAUUUCAGUUACAAAUCGAAAAACAAAAGUUCAAGCGGUUUGCCUUCCAAUAUCCAUUCAUCAUUUGCUUGGAUAAACGAACCGACUAAUUUAUUUUACGAAAUGUUAAGACCCUCAAAAGUCCCACUGUUUCUUUGAAUCUAACCCACUAAAUAAUCAGUGUUAAAGGGAGUCGAUGAAUUAUACUUUAAACAAUCGCUAGGGGCCUUUUUGAUAAAGAACACGUUCUCCAUUUAUAUGACCAACAUGAAAGAGGACAUAUAUAUUAUUUUCGAAAACUUGCAAUUGCGUGAGUUUUCAGUAAUGGUGACUGUAUAAAUCUGACGAGGACAUGUCGACGUUUUGCCAUUCACGUCUGUUAGAACGAAGGUCAAGGUUGCCGAGGCUAUGUGACUUGCGGCGUCAGUAACAUUCAUAUAGCUCAACAGUCAAUUCGAUGAGUGUAUGGGUGGACAUGUUGUCUAUAUAUGACAGUUGACUGUUUAUUCAGGGUUCACAAUAAAUUACACUGUAUAUCUCAACAACUCUGCAACAAUACCAUAUGUAAAUAUGCCACCUUCGUCAUUGUCAAUCACGAAAAAAGUUAAUUAAAAUGAUAAGUAAUUUCACUACUUGGUGAAACACGUUCCUGCAUAUACUGUUAUUGAUUGUUGAGAUGUUUUAGUCACAUCUUAUACCAUAAUAUGCUCAGUUGUGCUUCAUAAGUUCGUGUCAGAAACAGACCGCCUCCGUGGUCUAGUGGUACAGCGUCCGCCCGGAGAGCGGAUCCGGAAGGUCCGGAAUUCGAUCCCCGGCCGCGUCAUACCAAAAGACGUACUUGUUGUUACCCUGUCUGG